GUCGACGCUCAGAACCCGGUAGCCCGGUGUCCAAAAGCAGCAGGCUCGGACAGGCUCCGGACAUGGCAAGGCUGGCAAAGGGCGGCUCCUGGCUCGGGACGGUCCGCGAGGCCUUAGGCCUUGAGGAUCCUGGAUCUGAGCGACUUGACCCCACCGAGGAUGUUAGUCUUACUCAGAGGCUCUAGGGCUCCAGUUAACAGGCCUUCUCAAAUUCCCAGAUAUGGCCCACCUACUAGGCCAGAGCUUGACUCCGAAAGGAGGAAAGGAAGAAUGCAAGUCUGGUCAAGAGGCAGAGGCCCUCUUCAAUGUCGUCAUCCCAGAUCACCAUGCAGAAGCCUUUUCUCCUCCCCGCCUAGCUCCCUCAGGCUCUUUGGACCAGCUUGUGGAAGGUCUUCUGGGUGGCCUCUCUCGCUGGGAUGCUGAACACUUCUUGUUCAUUGCUGAGCACGGAUAUCUCUAUGAGCACAACUUUGCCUUCUUCCCUGGCUUCCCCUUGGCUCUGUUGGUGGGGACUGAACUGUUGAGGCCCUUGAGGGGGCUCCUGAGCCAGCGGAGUUGCCUGCUUGUUUCAGUAGCAUCACUCAACUCCUUGUUCUCCGUGCUGGCCACAGUUGCACUUCAUGACCUGAGCUGUGUGGUUUUGCGCUGUCCCCGCCAGGCCUUUUAUGCAGCACUACUCUUCUCCCUCAGCCCUGCCAAUGUUUUCCUGACAGCGGGUUACUCAGAAGCUUUGUUUGCCUUCCUGACGUUCAGUGCCAUGGGGCAGCUAGAGAGGGGCCGAAGCUGGACUAGUGGGCUCCUCUUUGCUCUUGCCACUGGAGUGCGCGCCAACGGGUUGGUCAGUGUCGGCUUCCUCCUGCAUGCUCAAUGCCGAGUUUUUUUCUCUUCUCUGGUGGUACUGAACCCCCUGAAACAACUCUUUAAGCUGAUGGCUUCUGUGUGCCUGUCAGUGCUAACACUCAGCCUUCCCUUUGCCCUCUUUCAGUAUUAUGCCUAUACCCAGUUCUGUCUGCCAGGCUCAGCCCAUUCCAUUCCUGAACCCUUGGUGCAGUUAGCUGUGGACAAGGGCUACCGGAUCGCAGAGGGAAAUAAGCCACCAUGGUGCUCUUGGAACCUUCCUCUAAUAUAUAACUAUAUCCAGGAUGUAUACUGGAAUGUUGGCUUAUUGAGAUACUAUGAGCUUAGGCAGGUGCCCAAUUUUCUACUGGCUGCACCAGUGGCUAUACUGGUUGCCUGGGCAACUUGGACAUAUGUGACCACCCACCCUUGGCUCUGCCUCACACUUGGGCUUCAGAGGAGCAAGAACAAUAAGACCCUAGAGAAACCCGAUCCUGGCUUCCUCAGUCCACGGGUGUUUGUGUACCUGGUUCAUGCUGCAGUGCUGCUGCUGUUUGGAAGUCUAUGCAUGCAUGUUCAGGUUCUCACCAGGUUUUUGAGCUCUUCCACUCCUAUUGUGUACUGGUUUCCAGCUUACUUGCUUCAGGAUCGAGAGCCACUGUUGAGAUCCCUAGAGACAGAGCCUUGGAAGCCUCUUGUGGAAGACUCCCCACCAGGACAAAAGAUACCCAGAAAUUCUAUCAUGGAACUUUUGUACAACUGGAAAAUCUGCUCUCCAGUCACGCAAUACGUCCUAGGUUACUUCCUGACUUACUGGCUCCUGGGACUACUCUUACAUUGCAACUUCCUGCCUUGGACAUGACCUGAAGUCUCAAAGGACAGACUGGAAGCCAACUUAAUUCAUGUUCUGAGAGUUAAAAGACCAGGACUAGGCAUGAUGGCACACACCAUAAUCCCGGCAACUCAGGAGGCAAAGGCAGAAGGAUCACAAAUUUAAGUCCGACCAGACAACUUGUUGAGACCCUGUCUCAAAAAAUAAAAAGAAUUGGGGAUGUAGCUCAGUCCUCAUUACUGGAAGAAAAUAACACACAGGGACUGCCUGCUUUGCCCUGGGAUUAUUUCUCUGGCCAUUAGAACCUCUCUGUCUUUGGAGACUGGUGAGCCAUCAAAGAACCCUUUCUGGUCCUGACUGGGACAGUUUUAAAAUAGUAACUAUUUUCACUGUGAGUGUUGAUACCUUACUCAGGUCUAAAGUACACCUGGAUCCGUCUAGUUAGCCAACAUAGCAGAAACAUUCUUAAACCUGCCACUGCAAAUUUAAAUGUACAUUUUUAGAAUAUGCAUUUCAUCAAAGGCUCUAACUGACAGGCUGAUGAGAGUCCACACAAGAUAGUGCAGGCCUAGACAAUGUGGUAGCAGUAGAAAAAUGGGACCAUCUUCUCGAAAUGGGACAUUUCUGAAGGCGUUUUUUUCAUGAUUUGUACAUCUGUUUUUAUGAAAAAUCUUACAAUCUGGGUGUGAUUACACCCAGACUGUAAUCCCAACUCACUUGGAAGGCUGAGGCAGGAGAAUCCAAAUUUGAGGCCAACCUCAGCUACUUGGAGAGACUGUUUCAAAAAGGACGUGGUUGUAGCUCAGUCAGUAGUAAAGCCCUUGCCUCACAUGCAUGAGGCCCUGGAUUUAAUCCCCAGGAUUGGGGGUGGGGGGAUUUAUAAAGAUAUUAUAAAUUAAAGAAGUUGUUACAAAUUAAACAACUUCUAAUCAUACAUAAAUAGAAUGAACUUUUUACAAAUAAGAGGGGGUUGGGAUUAUAGGUUGGUGGUAGAGCACAUGAGGCCCUUAGGUUUGAUCUCCAUGCAAACGAAAUAACAAUAGUAAUAAUGAUUAUUAAUAAAAAUCACUUAGGAAAAAAAAAGGUUAAGAAUAUGGCAGGAGUCUGAAUGAUUCUAGUCCUCUCAGAACAUCCCCAUGUGUCAGCCCUGUGACCUUGGGUAUGUUUUCAGAACUUUUAUUACCACCUCAAAAACUAAGAGAGAUGCUGUUGUCAGUGGG